ACACUCAUUUUGCUUUAAGGCAGGUGGGGCAUCUGUCUGAGCCACUCCUAGACUGAGUGGAUAAUAAACAUCCCCAUCUCCCGUUAGUCUGCACCGAGCUCUAUAAAGGCAAGUCUCUAACAUUGAACAUGUCAAAUUCCUCCUUGUAUUCGCCUUUCUCAGAAUUUUACAUGGACACAUGUGACAUGGGCUUUCCUUCCAUCUUCAUUGAAGAGCAGGAACAGAUAUGCUCCUUGCUAGGGAACGUAGAACUGCACCUCCUGUACAAAGCCAGUGUUCACGGAUACACAGCUUCUGCUUUCCACCAGAGAUGUGACCACCAGGGACCAACAGUGAUUGUGGCCUAUUCCAACACUGGCGACAUCUUUGGGGGCUACACCAGUGAAGAUUACACUCAAACACAGGGCUAUAUUAAUGACAAAAAUGCAUUUCUGUUUCAACUCCAAGGCAAGACCCCUGUCCAGUUUAAGAUUAAAACACCUAAUGGCAGCAAGGCUCGUAAUGAUAACUACAAUACAGGUCCUUGCUUUGGGAAUGAAGUAUAUUUUCUACACAAUAACAGUGCAAAAGUGUGCUGUAAUCCAGGCAAUGUCUACAAGUUUAAAACAAAUGAUCCUUUUGGCCAUAAUAAUUUUCAUCACAGCAAUCAAGUCUACAUGUUGAAUGAAUGUGCAGUCUUCAAGGUAACAAAUGUGCCCAAAAUUGCAGCCCAAGCCUCAAAUUCUGUGCAGAAACCAUGGAGGAACGUCCUCUGGACAGCUGAAAAAAGAGCAGAGCUCAUGCAAUCGAUUAAGAAUUACAAACCCCCGAUUAGCAGUGUGAAAGGGAUCCGGGUUCUGCUGAUUGGUCCUAUUGGUGCUGGGAAAUCUAGUUUCUUCAACUCCAUCAACUCUGUGUUUAGGGGCCAUGUGACCAGCCAAGCCAUGUCAGGAUCUUCAGGCACCAGCGUCACUAACCAGUUCCGCACCUAUACAGUGAAGGCUGGCCGUGAAGGAAAUGCUUUGCCGUUGAUUUUAUGUGACACUAUGGGAUUGGAGGAGUGUUCAGGGGCUGGACUGAACAUCGACGACAUCAGCAGCAUCAUAAAAGGUUACAUCUUAGACCGGUAUAAAUUCAACCCAGCAUCACCGUUUCAGCCAGAUGAACGAUUGGAUUUCAAGCCUGUCACUCUGCAGGACAAAAUCCACUGUGUUGCCUAUGUUCUAGACACUGGUAAAGUGUCCCUCCUCUCCAGUAAAGUGGAGGCAAAACUCACAGCCAUUCGCCAGAGGGUCAACUCACUGGGAAUUCCUCAAAUUGUUCUGCUCACUAAAGUCGAUGAAGCUUGUCCUGACGUGGGAAAAGAUCUACAGAACAUUUACUUCAGUGCCGUCAUCAAGACUAAGUUCCAGGAGGCGAGUAAUCGCUUAGGCGUGCCCAUGUCUAAUAUAAUACCAGUGAAGAACUACAGUCACGAGCUGGACUUGGACCUGAACUGUGACAUCCUGCUCCUAACUGCAGUGCAACAGAUGUUCCGCUUUGCAGACAACUACUUUGAUGAUAUCAGUCCUGUGUAGGACAUCAUCAUCUAAACCAGCAGGUGGAUUCAUUUGGAUACUUUCUAAAAGAUAUUCAGUUAUCUUGUGCACUAUAACUAAAGUCUAUAAAGAAAUAAUUCAGUAGUUUAACAUUAUAGUUAGAGCCUAAAGGCAGAAAUAGAGUUGGGUUCAGGUUACAGAAAGUUGAAAAUCUAUGUAUAAGAAAAUCUAUUUGUGAAAUCACAGCAUGCACAACCCAUUGACAGUUCAGGUUACUUAGUGAACUGUAGCUAACAUUAAUAAAGGAAUAAUUCAGUAGUCCUAUGCGUAAUGUUAUGGUUAAAACCUAAAGCUUGGGAUAAGAUUAGGAUUUUGGUUGAAGGUAGAGAUAGGCUAAAAAUGAUGUAAAACUAUGUUCAACAUUUAGCUUGCAUAAGCCAUUUACAGUGAUAAAUAAAACAUAAGUCUGAUGUGAAA